AUAAGCAUGAGACGUUUUUGAAGACUCAACACUUGUGUCCAUUUAGGCGGUUGACUAUUUGACAUAACAAAAGAAAAGCUGUGAGCAUCUGUCACAUAUUCACGUUGCUUGUGUCUAGGGGAGCUGAAUAAUCGGGUUAGGUGUGUGGAGUGCAGCUGUAAAAUAUGGUUCCAGUCCAAGAUGGGGCAUCUACACAAGGGGAAAAUCUACUUCUUCCUCCUAAAGAGAGCCACAUUGAAAGUGCAGGGUCCAGCCGGAUCCGACAGAGGCAGUCCUCCCCUGCACGGAGAAUGGGCAUGACCAGAAAACUGAACAGAAAGGAUUUCAAAGACUCUGAGAACCCAGAGGAGAGUGAAAACAGACAUAAAGAGAAGGAGCUCAAACCGCUGUACAAGGAGCUUCUGUACACAAUCACUCAUAUGUUAGGAAAACCACACACAAAAGAGCAAUACAGUGCCAAGCAGUUACAAAACUAUAUCAAAGAGGCAUUCACCAUGACAGAAGAUGAACAUAAAACCUUAAGUGAAAAAGUCCAGAGCAUGCUGGCCCCGAUCUACUGCCUCAUGGUUACAGUGAAACAAGCCAAGGGAAUUCUGGGAAAGGACAUUAGUGGAUUCAGCGAUCCGUACUGCCUGCUGUCGAUCCUUUGUGAACACAAGGAGUCUCAUGGUGGUGGAUCAUCCAAUAAACCUCAGAAAGCAGUAGUGCGGGAUUCAGCUAAAGGACAAGUGUUGCAGACAACCAUAAAGAAACAGACACUCAACCCCAUCUGGGAUGAGACCUUCAAACUGGAAUUUGAAGACAUCUCAAAUGCCAAUUUCCACAUUGAGAUGUGGGACAAAGAUGAAGAGGUGUCACUAGUGCAAAAAUUUGAUGAGUUUCGCACAAAUAUCCAUGGACUUAAAAGGAUGAUAAAAGAUGCAAAAAAAGAGAAAGGACAGGAUGAUUUUUUGGGCAAUGUUGUUCUAAAGCUGAAGGAACUGCAUUGCACAGAGGACACAUGGUAUAACCUGGAGCCCCGAACAGAGACAUACCCAGACAGAGGACAGUGUCAUCUUCAGCUUAAAUUCAUUCAUAAAGAGAGAGAUGAGACCCUGAGUGCUGGACGGAGUCCUUAUGUGAACUACUGUGGCAUCCUGCAGCAGUUUGUUCAAGCCCAUAUCUCCAAACAACAGGACAGUAACCCGUGGAAGGGAGAGUUGUGUGGGGAGGGGACGGCCCUGCUCGAGCACUACGCCAACCAGAAUGACAUUUCACCUUUUCUCCAAGACUUGGCGAAGUGGGUGGCCUACAGCAAACUUUACCAAACCCUGGAGGUGGACUCAACUGUGCUUUUCCAGCAGCUAACCAGUAUAGAGUACCACUGGGACCAACAGGAACUCCCCUACCUGCAGAAACAGGAGCUUGGUGACUCUCUACAUGGGUUUCUGCAGUAUGGACUCUGCUUAGUAUCCAAAUACAGGGACAUCUAUCCUCCAACCCCUAAAACAACACCACGGCUACUUACACUGCUCAGAGUUCUUGUUCAGAUUUGUAAGACCCGAGCAUUUCAGAAGCUCAAUCCUGCUCAGUUUGACUUACAUGUUGAGGUCACAGAUGCUGUUGUUAAUGGCACAGAAGAGUGGUUUAACAUCAAAAAAGGUUUACAUCAACCCAUGACCAAGGAUCCGUUAGAGACCAUCAGCGCCCUCUCUCGGUUGAUUGGAGAAGUGCAAGAAGACGUUCGAGUCAGUAAAGAUGUCUGGAAUAAGGUGUUUGUCAGUGCUGUGCAGUUGGAUGUUUUCACGGUGGUUUACUGGAAACUGGACUCUCUGCUGGCUGAUGAGUUACGAGCUACCCUCUCUCAGUUGGAGAAUCAAAUGGAUCAGCCGUUGGCAAACAGCCUGUUUCCUGUUUAUCUCACUUUGCAAGCCAUCCACAAAGACAAAGCCUUCUUACAAAAAAGGGGGAAGUUAUUGCAGCUCACAAGUUUCCAUGAGGACUUCAGAGAUGCUCUUCCAUACUGGUUAAACAAAGCCUUUAGCACCACAAUGGAGAGGGUGGAAAAAGCUGUGCAAGUGGAUCAGUUGCAGCCGCUGCAGAGCGGAGGAGUUCCCAUCAAGCACAGCUCUUCUGCAGUGGACAUUGCAGCAUGUUUGCAUCCUGUGGCUCAGCUCUGGGAGCAGUUGAGCUGGCCUGACCCGGAGGAGGCCUUCAUGCUUAUGGUCAAACUCACAGAGGAUGUGUGUAAGAUUGCAUCAACAUACUGUCAGAUGCUGAAGGCUAGAGUGAAGGAGCUCUCUGUGGACUCAGAUCGCGAAAGUGCAAUAAAAAUGCUGUGCGUGGUAGUGAACGAUCUAGAGCAUCUGCACACAGUUUUGACACGUCUACCGCAGCAGCUAAACUGGGAGGGGCUCCGGGAACGCACGCGACACGUGAUUGGAGAUACUCAGUUCCAGAACACACUUCCAUCACAGCUGCAACACACACAGUCCGCCCUGAACCGAGAGAUCCGCUCUGCAGUUGAAACACUCGGGAAAAAGUUAAACACAGACAUUGAAACACAUGUUCGCAACAUGGCUUCACGUCAAAGGCUUCCCUCCAGAUCUACAGAAGACGCCGUGGUUCCUUUGAUGAAAUAUCUUGAGAAAGAACUGCAGUAUAUGAAUGAGAAUUUGGUUCAGGAGAAUUUUAAUAGUCUUCUUACUCCACUGUGGAUGAACUCGGUUAAGAUUCUGCAUCAGAUGUCUCUGCAGGAGGACAGUAACCUGGUUUACUUUCAGAGAUUACUGUACGCACUGCAGUGCUUAGAACAGUGUUUUCAUGCUGAAGGGAAUGGACUUUCUCUUGAAACACUACAUACUGAGGAAUAUAAGACGCUCCGGGCAAACCUGACACAAAACUCUUUAAACUGUAAUCAGCUGAUAGAGAAGUUCUUUGAGAGAAAGGUGUGGGAACAGAAAGUGUUUAAUGGAGAGAAAUACGGAGCUGUUACUCUCAUCACCUCAUACAAACGCUCAGAGAACAAACUGCAUGUAGAGGUUCUCAACGCCGUCAAUCUAAUUCCUCUCGACUCAAAUGGUUCCAGUGACCCUUUCGUUCAGCUGUCUCUAGAACCAAAGCACAUGUUCCCUCAAGUAGAACCGCGAUCCACCAAAAUCAAGAACUGCGAUCUCAACCCGUUGUUCGAAGAGUCCUUUGAAUUUAUCAUUUCAUUAGAUCAGUGCCAGUCUCCUGGAGCGUGUCUGAUGGUGACAGUGCUGGACCAUGACACUUUGAGGAGCGAUGACUUCGAAGGAGAGGCGUUCCUCUCUCUUAAAGCGGUGCCAGGAGUCGGAGGUGUACAGAACAAUCCCACACCCGCACAGAUCCGCUUACCUUUGAUGCACCCCAAACCCAACAGUGAAAAUACCUUGAAGUUACUUGAGGCCAGGAAAGGCGAGAGAGAAGCUCAGGCCUUCGUUAAAUUACGCAGACAAAGAGAAAAGAAGUCUCAAGAAAUCUAAGAGGACAAAAAGAUGAAUGAAAACAUCCAACUUAACAUUAUUCGUUUCCCUUUUCUAUUAUUUGUUAUGAAAAUAUUAUUUAAUGUAGUCUUUUAAUUAUUGUA